AUGCUAUCUAAACUAACAGGAAGAAGAAAGAAAAGAAAAAACGUUAAAAAAAUUUAAACAACAAAUUGUAGGAGAGAAUACAUCUAGAUCUGCUUUGUGCGUCUUCAUUGACUUAUCACUCCAAAAUUCUAGCUGGAGUUAAAACAGUGUAGAGUGUAUAUACACACACAUAUCCACUACACUUUUGAUGAUCCACUCCUUCUUCGCAAUCAAUUGAACUGUAGCAAAUUGUUCAUCAGCAUAUUUCCAAACAGCAGGUUUUUCGCGUAAAUGAGUAUGGACGCCGAUCACCCCUACGUGCCAAGAGAUCUAAAGUUGCCUGGCUACGUGCCUUUGUUACUCUCUCAGUCAGCAAUCCUUGUUGUGUAUGGUGCCGCGUCUGUGUUGGUGAUCUCCUUAAUGUGGCUCUUAUCUGGGCGGAUUCAUAAGAUUUCCAAAGUCGAUAGGGUGUUAAUGUGCUGGUGGAUAUUCACUGGUCUCACCCACAUUAUCCUCGAGGGCUACUUUGCCUUCACCCCCGAUUUUUACAAAGUGAAGACUACACAUUACCUCGCAGAAGUUUGGAAAGAAUACAGUAAAGGCGACUCAAGAUAUGUUGGCCGGGAUUCUGCUGUUGUUGCCGUUGAAGGGAUCACAGCUGCUAUAGAGGGUCCAGCAUGUCUCCUUGUAGUGUACGCCAUUGCAAAGAGGAAGUCGUACAGCUACGUACUUCAGCUGUCAAUCUGCCUCGGCCAGCUAUAUGGGUGCGUCGUGUAUUUUGCAACGGCUGUCUUGGAGGGAGAUAACUUCGCAACGAGUAUGUUCUAUUACUACGCGUAUUAUGUCUUUGCUAAUAUGUGGUGGGUUAUUAUUCCGGGCGCCAUCGCUGCUCGUUGCUGGAAGAAGAUAUGUGCAGCAUGCCAGGUUCAGGAACAGAGAAAGAGCAAAGCUCGUUGAGUUUUAGGAUUUGGUUGAUCCUUUGCUAAUUUUAAUGUGAUCAUUCCCUGUUGUGAUCCUUGAUUUUCUAUUUUUGUCGUGUUUUAAUCUCGUAUUUCAUUUCGUAGUAUACACGCAGCGUGCAAUGAUGAAAUGAAAAGAUUUUGAACAUCAUUUGGGAUUGAAAAUCUCCUGAGAUCGAUUAGGGCGUCAAUUUUCAUUUUCAA